GUUGGACCCAGGCUGAAGAGCAAGAGCUGUCGCCCUCCUCUAAGAAGAAUUACGUUGUGAGAGCGUAACUUAGACGUAGUCCAAGUAAGCAUGUUUUUAUGAAACAAAUGGUCGGUUUAUUGGUUUUUUAAUCAAGUAGAAGUGUGAAGUAAGCAGAAGUAAGCGCUUCUCAGAAGCCAAUGCUCAAACACCGCGGCCACAGGAGUGCAAGGCGACUUGACUUGAUCCGGCGUCCACACAUAAUUCCGAGUGUGUCCAUGGCAUAACGCCGGCUCUGCAACUUCCUUCUGGGGGAGUGGCCGUCCUACCUCACCCCACUGCCACAUUGCUGGAGUGCCAUAGCAUCACUGUGGUUACUGCGUAAUUCUCACAAGAAGCACCAUUGUUACUGUAACCAUGCCGGCCCUGUCUACGGGAACAGGCCCUGACACAGGUCUGUAUGAGCUGCUGUCAGUGUUGCCCUCUCAGCUGCAGGCUCAUGUGGAGAGUGCAGAUGACCGCUCCUUUCUACACGCCAUGUUCGGGGAGAGGAGCCUGCACUCACUUGUUAAGAUCCAUGAGAAGUUACAGCAUUAUGAGGAGAGCUGUCCUGCUCCAGUGUUGGACAGUGCUGGUGCUCUUGCCCAGGGCUUGUCUGAGGAGCUGCAGGCUAAGCCACUGAGUGCUGAGGUCAGGGAGCUGCUAAAGUUGCUGUCAAAACCCCAUGUGAAGAGUUUGCUGUCAGUUCAUGAUACAGUGGCUCAGAAGAGUUACGAGCCUGAGCUUCCUCCUCUGCCAGACGACAUUGACGAUGAUGAAGACUCAGUGAAAAUCAUCAGACUCGUCAAGAAUAAAGAGCCUCUGGGGGCCACCAUCAAAAGAGAUGAAAGCACAGGGGCCAUCGUAAUAGCCCGCAUCAUGAGAGGAGGAGCAGCUGAUAGAAGUGGCCUGAUCCAUGUGGGAGAUGAGCUGAAAGAGGUCAACGGUAUCCCCGUGGAUGACAAGAAACCAGAGGAUAUCAUUCGCAUUCUGGCCCAGUCUCAGGGUGCCAUCACAUUUAAAGUGGUGCCAGGCAUACAGGACGAAGGCCUAGCCAAGGAGCCGAAGGUGUAUCUGAGGGCUCUGUUUGACUAUAACCCGGAGGAGGAUAAGGCUAUUCCCUGUAGAGAGGCAGGUCUGGCCUUUAGGAGAGGGGAUGUGCUGCAGGUUGUGUGUCAGGAUGAUGCCACAUGGUGGCAGGCCAAACAUGAAGGAGACACCAACCCCCGCGCCGGCCUCAUCCCGUCCAAACACUUCCAGGAGAGGAGGCUUGCUCUCAGACGACCCAUGACCAUCACUCAGCCUCAGAAAAUCUCCAGAAAACCAUCUGGUUUCCGGAGGAGUUUCCGACUAAGCAGAAGAGACAAGAAGACGAAUAAGUCUAUGUAUGAAUGUAAAAAGAGUGAGCAGUAUGACACUGCUGACGUCCCAACUUACGAGGAAGUGGCCCGUUCUCGCAAAGGACACGGAGCCAAACAUAGACUCGUCAUUUUGGUUGGUCCUACAGGAGUGGGUUUGAAUGAACUGAAGAGGAAGUUGUUAAUAUCUGACCCGCAGCACUUCGGUGUCACCAUUCCUCACACCUCUCGAGCGAAGAGGAGCCAGGAGAGUGAUGGUGUGGAGUAUCACUUCAUCUCUAAACACCUGUUUGAAACAGAUAUUCACAACAACAAGUUUAUUGAACAUGGUGAAUAUAAGGGGAAUUACUAUGGGACGAGUGUGGACUCUGUUCGGUCUGUUUUAGCCAAAAACAAGGUGUGCCUUCUGGAUGUGCAGCCCCAUACACUGAAGCAUCUCCGCACAGCUGAAUUUAAGCCCUACGUGGUGUUUGUGAAGCCUCCGUCCAUUGAGCGUUUAAGAGAGACCAGGAAGAAUGCUAAAAUAAUCUCAGGAAAGGAUGACAAGGGCUCGUCCAAAUCUUUUACGGAGGAAGACUUCCAGGAGAUGAUCAGUGCCGCUCAGCUGAUGGAGAACCAGUACGGUCACCUCUUUGAAAAGGUCAUUGUCAACGACGACCUGACGGCUGCUUUCAGCGAGCUAAAGCUCGCCCUGAGGAAGGUGGAGACAGAACCUCACUGGGUCCCUAUCAGCUGGACACACUCCUGAGAGACAGCACACAAACAGCGAAUGAGGGAAAAGUUUCAAAAAAGAGAAGAAACACGACAAAGGGAAGAACGUUGUAGUCUAUGACUGCAGACAGAGCUUUCAUUUAGCCUAAAUCUGGUGAUGGGGGUUGCUUUUGGGAUAUUUUAACAGAUCUCUGAUGGUUUAUGGGUUCCUACAACACUACAGGAAGGAAUUAUGGGUUUGUUUUUGUUUGUACUUGGUCAACAUAGCUGGACCGGAGUGAACUGAACUAUCUAAUUACACUCAAAUGUCGUCAAACGUUUCUGAUCGUUUAGCAGCCACUGCGGAAGAAUGUGUACCCCGACUGCCAAUCAAGUGGUUGAGUGGCAUUGACCACUCUGUGGUAAUUUUAACGUUAGUUUAUAGAAACCAAAGGGAUGAUUAUUAUUUUUCUGUGGUCAGUGUACAUUUUUGUAUUGAAGCUUAGAUGUGAAAUUUGGGAAAGUACAAACAGUUUGGCCUUUUAAGUCUUAAACUGUUCUCAUUGGGUGACGCUUUUUUAAGCACACAACCCCCUGUGAGCUGCAAUGUUAGUACAACGCCGACAAAACAUUUACUCAGAACAUUGAUGAAUGACCUCCAGGGGGGUCUAUGUAAUUAUAUUUAAUUAGAAAAUUAAUAUAUUUUAAUAUUGUUUCUGAGGUUUAUACAUUUUAUAUACACAUAAGUAAUAUCAUAACCAUCUAUCCUCUCAAAAACAAGCUCAGAGCAACACUCCAUGGAGUAUUUUUCAACAUAAGGUCCAAUAAAGAUGAUUAGUGCUGAAGAAUUAAAUCAGAAUCCUAUCAGAAUUAAAAGGUUUAUCGGUUCAGGAGACCUUUUAAUUUCUAACAUUCUGCUCUCACUUUUGGGCAGAAUGCUUCGAUACUUGAUACUUUACUCUGAGUACAAGGCUUAAAAACAAGGCAGGUCAACACAUGUUUCAAAGAAACAUUUAAAAUGCAAUCUGAAGAGACUCUAUGGCAGCGGUGUGCAACUGUUCCUGGAGGGUCAGUGUCCUGCACAGUUUAGUCAUUUCCCUGCUCAAAGACACUACCAAACUGAGCCGGACACCAGUCCUCCAGUAAAGUAGACUACCUCUGCUCUCUGCUUGACCUUAAAGGGGAAUUCCACAGAUUUUUCAGUGUUUUACUGUUUUUAAUUAAUAAUUUUACCAUUUUUAAUUAAUAAUUCAGUUGUUGAGAUCUAACUGAAGUCAUUCAGUGUGCUCUGAUGUGAAAUGGUGCAUUUUAGAGAACUUACCAACAAGUUCUUUGCCGUGGUGGUGAUGGGAACCAGAGGUCCCAGUGUUUACAGUGCAAAUAUAGUCAUUUUAUUUACUAUCCAAAACCA